AUGUCUCGCCAUCACCCCGAUCUUGUCAUGUGCCGCAAGCAACCUGGCAUCUCCAUCGGUCGUCUUUGCGAUAAAUGCGACGGCAAGUGCCCCGUGUGCGACUCGUACGUGCGCCCGACUACCCUGGUCCGAAUCUGCGACGAGUGUUCGUUCGGAAACUACCAGAACAAGUGCAUCGUCUGCGGUGGCGAGGGCAUCAGUGACGCGUUCUACUGUUUCGAAUGUACGCGACUGGAGAAGGAUCGAGAUGGGUGUCCGAAGAUUAUAAACCUGGGAAGUUCGAGGACGGAUUUAUUCUACCAAAAGAAGAGUUUUCGGAAUCAUUGA